UUGCACUAUCUCGCGAAUGCAACUUUUUUGUUUAGAUUUAACUAAUGUAACUAUAAAUAUUUACCAAUUUUGUAGAAAUAUUAUUUAUAACGCGCAGUUACAAUGUAUAUAGUGUUAUGUGUGUCACCCUCUUGUAAAGAUAGAUAAAGUUAAAUAAGUUAUAAUUUCACUUUGAUCCGUGAUUCAUAAUAUGAUCCGUUUCAUGUUAGGUCAAUAUUAUUUUACGUUCUGUGAUUGUGUUUUGCUCGGAUAAUGCAUCUAUUCGACUGAUGUGGUAUGGCACUUGUAACUAUUCGUCGUACUCCGAGUGUGCAGACACCGAAGGAAACGGAUGAAGACAAUAAAACAGUUGAUGAAGAAGAUGGUGGCAACCGCAACAACAAAAGUCUCAAUGAGUGCUACUUCGCGAACAAGGGCGCGGCGCUGGUGCUGGGCGGCGCGGAGCACGGGUGCUCCGACCAGCGGCAGCCGCGCGCCGUGCCGCAGCCCGACAUACACCACCACCUGCGCUCCAUGUUCUAUCUCGUGCGACCGGAGGAGACGCUCAAGAUGGCGGUGAAACUGGAGAGUGCUCACGCGGGCCGCACGAGGUACUUGGUGGUGGUGUGUCAAUAUGACGAGGCGGCGCUGCUGGGGAUCGACUGCAACGAGCAGACAACUGUUGGACUGAUACUCCGGGUCCUCGCCGAUACUUCCAUCAAGUUGGACGGCGACGGGGGUUUCAGUGUUUGCGUAUGCAACCGACAGCACAUAUUCAAGCCGGUGUCCGUGCAGGCCAUGUGGUCGGCGCUGCAGACGCUGCACCGGGCGAGCGCGCGCGCCCGCGAGCUGAACCACUUCGCCGGCGGGCCGUCGCACGCGUGGUGCGAGUACUACGAGCGCCGCGUCGACUCCGACCGCUCCUGCCUCAACGAGUGGCACGCCAUGGACUGCCUCGAGUCCCGUCGCCCGCCGUCGCCUGAUUCGCUCAGACAUAAGCCUCGCGAAAGGGACGAGACGGAGCGCGUAAUAAAAUGCACGUUGAAAGAGAUCAUGAUGAGCGUUGACCUCGACGAGGUCACCAGCAAGGCCAUCAGGGGUCGCCUGGAGGACGAACUGGAUAUGGACCUGGCGGAGUACAAGUCGUUUAUAGACCAGGAGAUGCUGAUCAUCCUCGGUCAGAUGGACGCGCCCACUGAGAUAUUCGACCACGUGUACCUCGGCUCCGAGUGGAACGCGAGCAAUUUGGAGGAGCUGCAGAAGAACGGAGUGAAGCACAUACUGAACGUUACAAGAGAAAUAGACAACUUCUUUCCCGGGAUGUUCGACUAUUUAAAUAUAAGAGUCUACGACGACGAAAAGACUGAUCUACUAAAGCACUGGGACAAUACCUUCAAAUAUAUCAACAAGGCGAGAAACGAGGGCUCGAAGGUGCUCGUCCACUGCAAGAUGGGCAUCAGCCGGUCCGCCUCCGUCGUGAUCGCGUACGCCAUGAAGGCCUUCAACUGGAACUUCGACCGAGCUCUCAAGCACGUCAAGGAGAAGAGGAGCUGCAUCAAACCUAACAAUAAUUUUCUCAACCAACUCGAAACCUACCAGGGCAUACUCGAUGCCAUGAAAAAUAAGGAGAAGCUGCAGAGAUCCAAGUCGGAGACGAAUUUAAAAGCGCCGAAGUCGGCGACCAAAAUAGAAAACAAAGCGACGGACACCACCCCGCUGGUGCUGGCGCUGACCGGCUCCUAUACGCGGCGGCCGCGCUCCUGGUCGCCCGACACCAAGCUCGCCUCUGAGUUGCUGCCGCCGACCUCAGUGUCGCUCGAGAACCUCGCCUCCGAGACCCGUCAUAAGCUCAUGCCCUGCGCCAACGGCAGCUACAGCGUCUCGCCCAAUCAAAUUAUCAGGUUAAAGGAGGAGGGCUCGCUGUCCGUCAAACAUAUCGUCAACGAGAUAGAAAACGCCGCGUCGAGCGACAGGAGGGAGUACUCGAGGCGGAUCCAGCGGCUGAAUUUCGGCGCCCCGAUCGACGCCGCGUCGCCCAGGGUCGGCGACGCCGGCUCCGGUGGCGGGGAUAUCGGGACCCAGGCGUCGCCGGUUCGACUCGCCGGUCCGAGGGGGCCAGGGGUAGACUUCGAAGGAAACAAAUUUUACACCUGGGAUCCCGGGGAGGCGCAGUGGACGCCGGGCGACGAGGCCCGGGGCGUUGGUGACGGUGAUAAUAUAUUUAAAAGUGAUAGUGGAAUAGUGGACGUGAGGGCGAAAACUAGUGACGCUUUUUUUAGUUCCGGGGAGCGAAACGCGGACUCGGAGUACCGGCGGGAGGAGGAGGCGCCGCCGCCGAGCCGGCAGAGCUCGUGGAGCUCGUUCGACAGCGCCGUGGUGCCCGACCUUUCGCGCCACUCCUCCUGGGGCUCGCACGACACGCGAGCAGCCCGCCCGCACGUCGACGUCAAGCGGCCCAAGGAGCGCGUCGACGACCGCCCGCCGGACCCGCCCAAGACGGCGUCCGACCUCGGCAUCAUCAGCGAGCACGGCGAGCGGCGCCGCGCCGCGCUCUCCGCGGACAUCUCCGCCAACGUUAGGAAGUUUAACGAAACUUGUGCCAUAUUAAAGGAACUCGCGAGCGCGACGGCUCGCAUGGGGAGCGCGCGCGACCGCGGGGCGUCGACGUGGGGCGGGCGGCUGUCGGCGUCGGCGCCGGCGGACACGUGGCUGCGGACGGGGCCGCGCCGGCGCCGGCUCGCCGCCGCGUCGCACGGGGACCUGCCGCGAGCCGCGCCGCCUCCGGUCGGCCUCGUCAGCAACCUCAAGAAGGAGUUCGAGGCGCGUUCCGAGAGCGAGCCCCUCCGCCGCUCCGCCUCCCGGGGCCGGCCGCCCGCCUCGCCCCCCGCGCAGCCGCCCCCUGCCGUCGAGGACCUGUCCGUUCGCGUGCUGGUCGAUCGGUACGAUCAGCCCGGGCGGACGCGAAGCGAGUCCGCGGGCGACCCCGCUCGCCCGAGGGCUCCGCACGAGUCGUCCUCUAAAAAGAGUAAACUGGCGGAAGGCGAUGCGCGCGUGCGAGUCCGCAACUCGUACUGCGGCCCUGCGGGUGGUAUGGGGGGCGCAGCGGGCGGCGGGGCUGGGCCGGAGCGGCCGCCGGUGGCGCCCACGGUGCUGGCGCUCGCGCCGCUCGACUAUCCGAACGUAGUCAAUACGUUGAUGUCGAAAGCUCAAAACAAAAAACAAAUUCAGCACGGGAAAACUCACCCCCUGACGAGGCUCAACCCGAAUCGUUCGAACAAUAAUCGGUGUACGAAUCCUGUAUAUAAUACUAUGUAGUGGUUAUUAAUUUUUAUUUAUUACGAAUUCUUGCCAAACUCGAUAUUUUACCUUUCUAAGAGUUUUAUACUGUAUACAAAUGAAAUCACAGUGUAUUUGUCUAACACAUAAAACUAUUAUAAACCGCUGUUUGUGCGUAGAAAAAUGUUAUAAAGAGAGAAUAAAUUCGAUGCAAUGGAUGUACAAUUUU